AGAGCCAUGGCUGCAGAGACCCCGGUGGAAAGUCUCCAGGACCAAGCCACGUGUCCCGUCUGUCUGGAGUUCUUCAGAGACCCUGUCACUCUGCAGUGUGGGCACAACUUCUGCCAAGCCUGCAUCAGCCAGUGCUGGGAGGGAUCUGACACCGGCGCCUCCUGCCCCCAGUGCAGAGAAACUGUGCAACACAGAAACCUCCGGCCCAACAGGCAGCUGGCCAAUGUCCUAGACAUAGCCAAACGGCUGAGUUUGCAGGCAGCAAAGGGAGCAGCAGGGGAGAGGGUGGGUGGGGAGCACCAGGAGCCUCUCAAGCUGUUCUGCGAGGAGGAUCAAACCCCCAUCGGUGUGGUGUGUGACAGAUCCCGGGCUCACCGCGCUCACACCGUGGUUGCCAUAGAGGAGGCUGCCCAGGAGUACAAGGAAAAGAUCCAGGCCCAUUUGACGUCUCUGAGGGAACAGAGAGAAAAGCUCCUGCUGUUGAAAGUAAAUGGAGAGAAAAGAAGCCAGGAGCAUCUGAUACAGACUCAAACCGAGAGACAGAAGAUUGUGUCUGAAUUUCAGCAACUGCGGCAGUUCCUCGAGGAACAAGAGCGACUCCUGCUGGCCCAGCUGGAGAAGCUGGAAAAGGAGAUUCCGAAGAUACAGAAUGACAAUGCCAGUAAACUCUCUGAGGAGAUUUCCUGUCUCAGCAACCUGAUCAGUGAGAUGGAGGGGAAGGGUCAGGAGCCAACGAAUGACUUCCUGCAGGACAUCAGAAGCACCUUGAGCAGGUGUGAGAAGGGGGAGUUCCAGCAGCCAGUGGAGAUUUCUCCUGAACUGGAGAAGAGACUCAGCAAUUUCUGCCAGCAGACUGUUGCUCUAAUGGAGACACUGAGGAAGUUCAAGGACACUCUGCCGUCUGCCCUGGAGACACACAUUGGGGAAUCCCUAGGAGCACUCAGACAGGUGACUGUGACUCUGGAUCCAGACACGGCUCAUCCCAAACUCGUCCUGUCUGAGGAUCAGAAAAGUGUGAGCCAGGGAGACACCCGGCAGGAUCUGCCUGACAACCCUGAGAGAUUUGACACUGUGCAAUGUGUGCUGGGCUGUGAGGGAUUCACCUCGGGGAGACAUUGCUGGGAGGUGGAGGUGGAGGGUGAGGAACGCUGGGCUGUCGGGGCGGCCAGAGAAUCUGUGAGGAGGAAGGGCUGGAUCCACCUUUACACUGAGGGGGAAAUCGCAGCUGUGGGGCAGUGGUGGCAGGGUAAGUUUGAGGCUCUCACCUCCACGGGGAUCCGCCUGCCCCUGCGCUGGGUCCCCAGGAAGCUCCGUGUUUGUCUGGACUGUGAACGGGGGCAGGUAACGUUUUUUGAUUCUGGUGAUGAGACUCUGAUCUUCGCUUUGCCACUCACCUGUUCCCCUGGGGAGAGAAUCCACCCCUGGCUCCGGGUAGAGGCCAGAACCCGGCUCAGACUGUGUCCCUGAGACACUGGGGAACCCUGAAAUCAGCCUCUCUAGCCCCAUACACCCUCGUCAAUCUGACGCCAGAGGACUGCUGUCUUCAUGCAGUUGCUGUGACCUUGCAGGCUCCAUAGAGCCUCUGGACUGUCAAACCAUAGAGAACAGGGUAGGGAGGGAUGGAGGUAGAGAAGCCAAUCUCAGUGCCCCAAGGAUUUUGUAGCCGGUUUGUCACUGUUCUCUGUGAUCCAGGAUGAUUCUGAGCAUCCAGACUCCGACCGUGUCACUGGGCUUCUCUAGCUCAGCGGUGGAUUUAGA